AUGUAUAGUUCAAAUAUCAAUACUCCUUUCGGUUAUUCUCAAAUUAGUCCAAUUAUUCCCUCACCAAUUUCUCAAAUCUCAAAACAAACCUCUUCCGGUGGUAAAACAUUACUGAUAGUCGUUAGUGUUCUUGCCGCUACCGUUCUGAUUGGUAUGGCAUUGGGAUUAGGUCUUGGUAUUGGUGCAGCUGGUCUUAUCAAUAACGGAAAUUUAACUAAUACUUACAAUACAAGUACUAUUAUAAAUCCAACUAAUGCUACAAAUUCAACAGGUUGA